GAGGGCUAAAAGGGCCGAGGCCCGGGCCGGCGGGCGGGCGGGAGCCAGCCGGGCCAUGGCGGAUAUCCCUGGUGCGCAGCGACCGGCUCUCGGCGGCGGCCCAGAGCCCCGGGAUCCCCUGGACUGCUGGGCCUGCGCCGUGCUGGUAACGGCUCAGAAUCUGCUGGUGGCUGCCUUCAAUCUUCUCCUGCUGGCGCUGGUACUGGGCACCAUCUUGCUACCCGCUGUCACCAUGCUGGGCUUUGGCUUUCUCUGCCACUCCCAGUUCCUGCGCUCCCAGGCACCCCCUUGCACGGCACACCUGCGGGACCCGGGCUUCACAGCCCUGCUGGUCACCGGAUUCCUGCUCCUCCUGCCGCUGCUUGUGCUUGCCCUGGCCAGCUACCGCCGCCUCUGCCUCCGCCUCCGCCUGGCCGAUUGCCUCGUGCCCUACAGCCGAGCCCUCUACCGGAGGCGCCAGGGUACCCUGCAGCCCAAGCAAACCCGGCCUUCACCAGGGGCUCAGCCUCUUCCCACACCAGGAAAGGUCUGGGUCUGAGGAGCCGCAACAAAAGAACCAGCUAUGUCUGCCCUCCUUCCCUGUCUGCCCAUGGAUUGGAAAUGAGACCCGGGAUCUUCUGCCUUGCUCAGUCCUUCUCUUAGUUGGGUCCUAGCAUCCCUUUGGGGAACAGCAACCUCUGGGGACCCAUGGUAGUCCCAUGCCCCCGGAAAACCCACUUUCUUCUUCCUACUCACAUCUCUAUGUAGGGUGGACCUUGCAUGCAAGCGUCCCCUCCCAUUCCUUAACGUGAGUAGGACACCUUGUAUUUACAGCCCUGAAGGACAGAGGUGGAGGGGAAGAAGGGAUGGCACAUCAAUAAAGAAUUUUUGAACUGAA